CCACGGCGCAAUUUGCAAGCCCUACGGCCGUCCUCGAUGCGACAGACACUCAGCUUUGGGAGCCACUUUGUCUGCUCGACCUGUCGAAAGACCGGCUACGAUGCUCUUCGCCAACCCGGCUUCCGACCUCUCCAUGCCUCUCCAAUCUUCCAGCGUCCGCGCAGACGAGAAUUCUUCUCUUCGAACCCUUCCCUCCUGCGGCAAUCUGCACAGCUCACAGAUGAGCGCAAAGAUGAGGCGAAAGAAGAGACAGCCGUAGCAUCGCUGGUACAACAGGCACAAAGAAGGAAAACAACCCGCGCCGCAGGAACCAAGACAUCGCUACGAAGAGUUGGCCUUGAAGCACAACGUUCAAAGGCGGGUAACCUGAUCCGUUCGGGCGCAAAACCGCAAGAUGAGAUAGGUACAUCGAAGGUCGUCACUGCAUACGCUGUUGCCGACCAAUUCGACUUGAGUAAAGUCGUCGAGAUCUUGCGUGCUAAGGGCUACGAGCCCGACCCUCUCGGCACCGGCUUGUUCCCACAAGUCGUCCACGUCCAAAUCCCCAUAUCUUCCAUCUACCGCUCUACGAAUCCCAGAGCAAUUGACCUUUCGUCGACUGAGGUCGGUGACGCCUUCAUAUUCCCCUCCGGCACACUUGUAACCUGGGCCCUCCCCGAAGGAUUUACUUCGUACUUCGCAACACGCACGCUCCUCCCCGCCGCAGAGAAUCCGCACAAAGAACCCAUCGAGACAGAAGACCUCGAUUACAUCGAAGAUCCGAACCGCGAGCACAGCCUGAUCCGCGGCGAUACCAUCAUCCUGGGCACAAAAAACACCAAUCCCGAGCCAAGCAACGACGAACAAGGACACGAAAGUCACUACCAAACCGUCGACACAGUCCUUACGAAAAUCGCAUUCUCAUCGGGCUUCGCGCGGAGCACCAAACUCGCCGUCCUUGAGACGAAUUUGUCCACCUACCUCGCAUCCACCGCCGAUAUCCCCGCACUCUUGUCCAAGGGUUCACGUCUGCCCUUCAAGCUGUCCCGUCGCUUCAUCCUACGCAAGACAGGCCAACUCCUCCUCCUUCGCGCGCAAUUGAACUUGUACUCCGAACUCACGGACUCAUUGCCCGAUAUUUUCUGGGACUCGCGCCACGAACUCAAUCUGGAGAACUACUACGACCAGGUCGGCCGGGCGCUGGACGUGGGGAUACGGAUCAAAGUUCUGAAUGAGAAGAUGGACUACGCCGCGGAGAUUGCGACCGUGCUGAGAGAAAGGCUGAGCGAGAAGCACGGGUUGUUUCUUGAGUGGAUGAUCAUCGUGCUCAUCGCCGUGGAGGUAGGGUUCGAAGUCUUGCGGUUAUGGAAGGAAGGGUUCUGGGAGGAGGUAUGGCAGGACCGGAGGAAAGUGAGAAGGGGCGAGAGCGAGAGGAUAAUAGAGGAAGAAACUUCAUGACCCAAACUUAGCAGUCUUGAUGGCAGGACUGUAUCCUCCUGCAGGACUGAGACGAGAGCAAGCGAUUUGAUCUCGGCCUCAACUAUGACACGAUAUAAGGUGACAUAUGGUAGAUAGACACACACAACUCACUUCUUACUUUCUUCCAAGGUGGGCUGGGGCGUGCACCUUCAAACAGCCGGGGCGAUAGUGGACACAUUAAAGCAGAAUAACUAGAAUACAUAGUCAUAACCAGUUGUAAACAUAGCAACAGCCGGAAUAACCGAGAAUCUCACAUUGGA